ACCCGGUGGGGAGCGGAGUCACCAGUCUCGCGCUGCCCGGGCUGCGCUCGCUGCGCCCGCUCCGAGCGCGCAGCAGCCCCGGGCGCGGUGGACCCGCCACCCAGCGCCCCGGCGCAUCCGCAGCCCCUCUCGGGACGCAGCCGGAACCGAUUCCCGGGAACGCUAGGCCGGCGGCACCCAGCUCCCACGGACCCUUCUCCAGCAGGUUGCUUUCAGCUAUGUAAUGUUUUUCGAUCCCAUGAAAUGGAAAUUGACCAGUGCUUACUGGAGACCCUUCCCCUUGGCCAAAGGCAGCGGCUGGUGAAACGCAUGCGCUGUGAACAAAUUAAAGCCUAUUAUGAAAGAGAGAAGACUUUUCAGAAACAGGAAGGAUUCCUGAAAAAACUGAAGCAUGGGAAGAAUCAGAAAGUUCAUUUUCACCUUGCUGACAUGAUACAGGAUGCCAUUAUCCACCAUGAUGACAAAGAAGCGCUUCGACUCUUGAAGGAGGGGGCAGAUCCCCACACUCCCGUUUCCUCAGGAGGGUCUUUGCUUCAUCUGUGUGCUCGGUAUGAUAAUGCCUUCAUUGCAGAGAUUCUGAUUGACAGAGGCGUCAAUGUCAACCACCAGGAUGAAGAUUUUUGGACACCAAUGCACAUUGCCUGUGCAUGUGACAACCCUGAUAUUGUCCUGCUCCUUGUAUUAGCUGGAGCCAAUGUGCUUCUCCAGGAUGUUAAUGGAAAUAUCCCGUUGGACUAUGCUGUAGAAGGGACAGAAUCAAGCUCUAUCCUGUUGACUUAUCUGGAUGAAAAUGGAGUGGAUCUGACCUCACUGCGCCAGAUGAAGCUUCAGAGACCAAUGAAUAUGUUAACAGACGUCAAACACUUCUUGUCAUGUGGGGGAAAUGUUAACGAGAAAAAUGAUGAAGGAGUAACACUGUUACAUAUGGCAUGUGCAAGUGGCUACAAGGAGGUGGUAUCACUUCUCCUGGAACACGGUGGAGACCUCAAUAUAGUAGAUAAUCAGUACUGGACCCCGCUCCAUUUGGCAGCAAAAUAUGGCCAGGCAAACCUGGUGAAACUUCUUUUGAUGCAUCAGGCAAAUCCAAACCUUCUGAACUGCAAUGAAGAGAAGGCCUCAGAUAUUGCUGCAUCUGAAUUUAUUGAGGAGAUGCUGCUGAAAGCCGAAAUUGUCUGGAAAGAAAAAAUGAAAGAGCCUUUAACUGUGCCUACCUUAGCACAAGAGGAACCGUAUGAAGAGAUCAUUCAUGACCUUCCAGCACUUUCCAGUAAGCUGAGUCCCCUGGUGUUGCCAAUUGCCAAGCAAGACAGUUUGUUGGAAAAAGACAUUAUGUUCAAAGAUGCAACAAAAGGUCUAUGCAAGAGACAAGCUCAGGAUAGCCCUCCUGAAAACGCCACUGUAAAUGGCCCCACCAAACCUGAGCAGGUCAAGCUAAUGCCUCCUGCUCCAAGUGAUGACCUAGCCACGCUCAGUGAGCUCAAUGAUGGCAGCUUGCUUUAUGAAAUUCAGAAGCGCUUUGGGAACAAUCAGAUAUACACUUUUAUUGGGGACAUCCUCUUGCUCGUUAACCCGUUCAAAGAGCUUCCAAUUUAUUCCACCAUGGUCUCCCAACUGUACCUGAGCAACAUGGGGCUGCCAUGUUCCUCUCUACCACCUCACAUCUUCUCCUGUGCAGAGAGGGCCUUUCAUCAGCUUUUCCAGGAGCAGCGACCCCAGUGCUUUAUUCUCAGUGGGGAAAGAGGAUCUGGAAAGUCUGAAGCCAGCAAACAAAUAAUGAGACACCUAACCUGUAGAUCUGGCACCAGCAAACCUAUAUUUGAUUCCAAAUUUAAACAUGCCAUGUCUAUCUUAGAAGCCUUUGGACAUGCCAAGACGACUCUUAAUGAUCUGUCCAGUUGCUUCAUAAAGUAUUUCGAACUACAAUUCUGCGAUAGGAAAAAACACUUAACCGGAGCCAGAAUUUAUACUUACAUGCUAGAGAAAUCCAGACUUGUUUCACAACCUCUUGGCCAGAGCAAUUUUCUCAUUUUCUACUUGUUGAUGGAUGGGUUAUCUGCUGAAGAAAAAUAUGGACUUCACCUUAAUAAUUUAUGUGCACACCGGUAUUUGAACCAGACCCUACGAGAUGAUGUGUCAAUAGCAGAGCAUUCUCUGAACAAGGAGAGAUUUGCUGUUUUGAAACAAGCCCUGAAUGUAGUUGGCUUCAGUAACUUGGAGGUGGAGAAUCUGUUUGUGAUCCUAGCAGCAAUAUUACAUAUUGGAGACAUUCGGUUCACUGUUCUUACUGAGGCUGACUCCGCAUUUGUUGCUGACCUCCAGCUCCUGGAACAAGUGGCUGGGAUGUUACAAGUCUCAGCAGAUGAACUGGUGUCUGCUUUAACAGCUGAUAUCCAAUAUGUUAAAGGAGAUAUGAUCACCAGACGACAUACUAUAGAGGUGGCUGAAUUUUACCGGGAUCUCCUGGCCAAGUCCUUGUACAGUCGUUUCUUUAGCUUUUUGGUGAAUAGCGUGAAUUGUUGCCUCCACAGUCAAGAUGAGCCCAGCAGCACCCAGACGUGGGAUAUCGGAAUACUGGACAUCUUUGGUUUUGAAGAAUUUCAAAAGAAUGAAUUUGAACAACUUUGUGUCAACAUGACCAAUGAGAAGAUGCACCACUAUAUCAAUGAAGUGCUUUUUCUACAGGAGCAAACAGAAUGUGUACAAGAGGGAAUUACCAUGGAAACAGCUUAUUCUCCUGGUAACCAGACUGGAGUUUUGGAUUUUUUUUUCCAGAAGCCAUCAGGAUUUCUCUCUUUAUUGGAUGAAGAAAGUCAAAUCAUUUGGUCAGUGGAACCAAACCUUCCCAAAAAGCUACAAAGCCUCCUAGAAUCCUCAAAUACAAAUGCAGUAUAUUCCCCCAUGAAGGAUGGGAAUGGAAACGUCGCACUCAGAGAUCAAGGCACAGCAUUCACUAUUAUGCACUACGCGGGAAGGGUAAUGUAUGAAAUUGUUGGAGCAAUUGAAAAAAAUAAAGACUCCCUUUCACAGAAUCUUCUGUUCGUAAUGAAAACUAGUGAAAAUGUCGUGAUCAAUCAUUUGUUCCAGUCGAAACUGUCACAAACAGGAUCCCUUCUACCUGCCUAUCCUUCUUUUAAAUUCAGAGGACAUAAAUCUGCCCUGCUCAGUAAGAGAAUGACAGCAUCUUCCAUUAUCGGAGAAAACAGAAAUUACCUAGAACUGAGUAAGUUAUUAAAAAAGAAAGGAACUUCUACAUUUCUUCAAAGACUAGACCGAGGAGGCCCGGUAACCAUUGCAUCACAACUCAGGAAAUCUUUAACGGAUAUUAUUGGAAAACUUCAGAAGUGCUCUCCACACUUCAUUCAUUGCAUCAAGCCCAAUAACUCAAAGCUGCCAGAUACGUUUGAUAAUUUUUAUGUGUCUGCUCAGCUACAAUAUAUUGGGGUCCUGGAGAUGGUGAAGAUCAUCAGAUAUGGAUACCCUGUUCGCCUUUCCUUCUCAGAUUUUCUGUUAAGAAGAUAG